AGCCUGCUGGUGCCCAGGCAGCGCUCAGCCCCAUCACCACGCACCCCGAGCAGGCAGCACAGCCAAGAGCAGCCCAGCCUCUGGCUCCAGCACAGGAAAAUACCCAAACCUAGAGCAGAAGAACAAGGAGGCAGCAAACGGGACCUUCCUUGAAUGAGGGAGCCCCACCACUGCAGGAGGAUCCCCCCGUGGAGCCUUGGUGCCUUGGGGACCAUGCUGGAGGCACCACCCAGCACAGCAGAGCCCAGCCGAUGACUGCCCAGCCCUGAUGAGUCUGGUGCGAUGGUGACAGCAGCAAGCAGCAGCCAGUUGUGGCCACAGGUGGUAGCUGGGGACAAGUGCUGACCCCACAGGUGUAGCAAAGGAUGGGGAGCCUGCCCAGCCGGGAGAAGCAGCUCAGCAUCCCAAUGGCAGCUGCCACCCCCACACCAUCUCCGCUGCCCACGCAGGCAGCCCCCAACAGCUUCCUGGCACUGGCCCUGUGCGACUUCCCCUCUGGCACAGAUGUGCCCACUGUCCUGAGGAUGGGAGAGCAGCUCCACGUCCUCGCCGAGGAUGGGGAGUGGUGGUUGGUGGCAUCCAAGGUGUCUGGCAAGGAGUGCCUCAUCCCCAGCAGCUGCGUGGCCAAGGUGUGGCACAGGUGGCUGUACGAGGGCAUCAGCCGGGAGAAGGCAGAGGAAUUGCUGCUCCAACCUGGCAACCACCAUGGGUCCUUCCUGAUCCGGCAGAGCCAGACCAGGAAAGGCUGCUACUCUCUGUCGGUGCGGCGCACUGAGCUCACGUCAUGGGACUCGGUCACACACUACCGCAUCCACCGCCUGGAGAACGGCUGGCUCUACAUCUCUCCGCGGCUCACCUUCUCCAACCUGCAUGACCUCGUGGACCACUACACAGGUAAGAGCCGCCAGUCCCCGGGCCAGAUGUCACCUACCAGGGCCCUGCGGGGAAGCAGGUGGGCAGUGGCUGGUCCAGCACCUGCCUGUGCGGCUGAUGUGCAAGAAUGUGAGCACUGCACUGAUGCCACUGGCCCCUGCCCAGAGUGUGGGGAGGGUCUGUGCUGUGCCCUCAGGCAGCCCUGCUCCAUGGAGAGUGCGAGGGCAGCCCCGGCCCUGGCCCAGCCCACCAUGGUGAAGAAGCCGUCACUCAACUGGGACAAGAUCGACAGUUCUGUCCUGUUGUCAGAGGCUGUGCCACCACCGGAGGAAGAGGAGGAUGACUCCCCCAUCAGCCUGGGCCUUCGGGAAGCCAUCAGCUCCUACCUCCUCCUGACAGAUGAGGAGGUACCAGAGAUGGGCACUGCAGGGAAAGGGGUGAAGAACAGCUGAGGGCAGGACCCCGCUCAGCUGCAGCCCCAGGAUGGGCACCCGGGUCUGGUUGCAGCCUUCACCUGCCUCAGCUGCUGUCAUUCACCACAGCUGCGUGCCCAGGGGCUGCGCUUUUGGGGAGUGAGGCCCCUCCAGCACUGAUGCCCAGGCACCUCAGGACAUGGCAAGGCUUCCAUCCCAGCCCUGGGUUUCCUCGCUGUGGUCUGCUGAGCCCCCAGGCAUCACCCCAGGCCUCUGCCUUCUGCUCCCAUGGGACACUUCCCCGACUGCUCCACAGAGAGGGCCUGCACCUGGCCGGGCCGCAGCUGUGCUCACCGACAGCAACACAACUCAGGCAGGGGCACAAACCAACCUAAUCAGGCCCCUCACUUCACGUACAGAUUAUCAUUUUUUGGGUGAUGGUGUCGUCUGUGCAGCACAGGGCCUGGGAGCCCCCCCCUUUUUAUCACUCCCUUCAGCCUGAUGAGGAACAGACCCUGCCCCAGAGCAGAAGCAACCAGGAGGAAACCACCCCACUUUCAUCACUAGAGGCUGCUUUUUAAACCUUUAAACUGUCCAUUAACCAGGAUCCUGCAGGCCACACAGCAAUAACUUUCUAAUAUCUUAAUGAAAGAGCACUUCAUUAACAGGUGAGAGCUGGUAACUAAAUCAUGAGCUGACAGCUGUAGCAGCAGUGCCGCUUUCCAUCAACUGCAUCUGUGGGGGCUUUGCCUGUGCUGUUGGCCCUGGCCUAGAUGGUUCCUGCAACACUGCUCAGGGUACAUUAAUCAGGCCUAGAGGUUUAAAAAUGUUUAUUUUAAUUGAUGUUCUGGGAGGUAGGGGGUGAAAUUGAUCCAACAAAAGGACUAGAUGAGAGAAGAGUCAAAAUGCAAACACUGUUGUCAAACGCUGAUCUUAGCUACAACCCUUUCAGCCAGAUGAAGCAGGCUGCGACCUCAUUAAAAGCAGUAUAAAUGCAUCAAAACAGAAAGACAACUGAGCCCUCAUUUUCAGCAGCCCCUUAUCAGCAAAGAAAGGUUUGGGGAAAGCGCCUGAAGCUUCCUCUGUGGUGAGAAUUGCUGUAGAAGCAAUUUCGCUGCCUAGUAACCUUCUUUCCUUCCUUCUUUGAGCUCUCAGAGGUCGCUGCAGCAAGACCCCAGCUAUUGACACAUUUCCUACCUUUUACACACUCAAAUCAUCACUUAAUUUUUCACAUCUGAUUACUUUGCUCUUGCACAUCCAGUGCAAAUUUUACCUUUCCUUCUCUUAAGCAGCCUGUAACUUUACAUGCUUGCUCAGCCUGGGCCCAGGUGCCGCCUGAGGGCAGGGGCUGCCCCCCUCCUGGCCCCCAGUGGGGUUUAUUCCUUGGCCUCCAGUCUGACCCACAGGCAGCCAAGGCUGCUGCUGACACUGGAGGAAGCUGCAGUUAAGCAGCUGCCUCUCUGCUAUUUGCAUUCUAGUGACUUUGUAAAAAUGAAAGACACCUGGCUCCAACGCCUAUUUAAGUCCUUCCCAAGCCCAUCUGCCUCAGAGCCUUGCUUCCUUCCAGCCCCAUGGCAGUUCUGCUCCCAACCCUAGCAGCUCCUGGUCCUGCAAACACUUCUCUCCUGCUGGGAAGCAUAGGCACAAACCCCAGCACUGAGCAGUGUCGUGGCCAAGGCUUCUGCUUCAUGGUGGGAUCCCAACCCCGCUCCCUGCAGCACAGCACUGCAAGGGACAGACCCAAGGGCGCAUGGGCAGCAGGAGCCCUGCCAGCUGCCUCAGGCUGCCAAGGCAGGCCAGGGGGAAGGGGCCUGCUGCUGCAGGCUGUCCUCAGCACCCAAGGUGCUCCAACUGCUCAGUGAGUGGCUAGGCAGCUGAUGCUCUCCCCUGUGUCGGGGGCAUGCUGAGCCUGCAGAGAUGUGGCUGUUUUGGCCAGAUUAGCCAUAUGGCGGACAGCACUGAUCUCUUCUGAAAGUUGAAAUUAUGAGUGCUUAGCAACAUGCAGACUGCAGCCUCUCACUGAGCCUAUGCUCUGCUCCUCCCCAACCACCACAAAAAAAAUUUCACAGAAUCAUUAGGUUGGAAAAGACUUCCAAGAUCAUCUGGUCCAACCAUCCCCCUACCACCACUCUCACCCCCUAAACCAUGUCUCUAAGCACCAGGUCCAACCUUUCCUUAAACACCCCCAGGGAUGAUGACUCCACCACCUGGGCAACCCGUCCCAAUGCCUGACUGCUCUUUCUGAGAAGAAAUGUCUCCUCAUUUCCAACCUAAACCUCCCCAGCGCAACUUGAGGCCAUUCCCUCUAGUCCUAUCACUGGUUACCUGCAAGAAGAGGCAGGCCCCCAGCUCCCCACACCUUCCUUUCUGGUAGCUGUAGAGAGCAAUGAGGUCCGUCCUGAGCCUCCUCCAGAUCAAACACCCCCAGUUCCCUGAGCCGCUCCUCACAGGAUUUGUGCUCCAGGCCCUUCACCAGCUUCAUAGCCCUUCUCUGGACACGCUCCAGGGCCUCGAUGUCCUUCUUGUACUGAGGGGCCCAAAACCAAACACAGCGAGGUGCAGCCUCACCAGAUCAGAGUACAGGGGGAUAAUCGCCUCCCUGGCCCUGCUGGCUGCAUUGUUCCUGAUAUAAGCCAGGAUGCUGUUGGCCUUGUUGGCCACCUGGGCACACUGCUGGCUCAUAUUGAGGCGAGCAUCAACCAAUGCCCCCAGAUCCUUUUACUCUGCACCGCUUUUGAGCCACUCUGCCCCAAGCCUGUAGCAUUGCAUGGGGUUGUUGUGGCCAAAGUGCAGGAAUUGGCACUUAGCCAUGUUGAAUCUCAUCCCAUCAGCCUCUGCCCAUCAACCCAUCCUGUCCAGCUCCCUCUAAGCAUGUCGUCCUCUUUCUGCAGAACCAUGGCCACCACGCCUUUGCUGAGAUGAAAGGGACUUCUGAAGGUAUUUGAAUGAGCUGCACAAUAAUCAAAGUAUCUCCUUUUGGGCCCCUGUUCAGAGGACAUAGCUAUGUCUGCAGCCUAGAUUCAGUGUGGCUCUCAACAGCCAAUACUCUUGCCACUCUAAGGCAUAGAAAAGCAGCACUUUGGGAGCAGGUUCUGUUCCAAUGACCCUUGUAACAGCACACAUACUCAAUCCACCUAACAACCAACUGCUCGGAAGCCUUCAGCAGUACAUACAACCCUGCCUCUACCCCAGAGGCCAGCAUACCCAGGUCCCUAAGCAUGGAAAACAGGCACCCACACUGUCCUUAAACAUGGCAUAUUUUUAAUACUCACAGGCAUUGUUCAGCCAUUACCGAUGCAAAAACUCUAUACCCCCCCCCUUACUUUUUAUUAUUAUUUUUUUAAAUCUAGUUUUCAGAAGCUCUGCUACUAUUACCCAAGCAUUCAUUAUUUGGAAGACUUCCUUUUAGGUUUGCAGUUUUGCUGUCUGCGUGUAUGGUCUAAUGAGGAAAAAUGUAUUGUUUUCUGAGUUUUUGAUUACUUAUUUGAACAAUACUUUAUUGUGGGGAGAAGAGUGCAGAGCUCUAGGUAUUAUCUUCACAAGAGUGAAGAUCUGUUGAAACGACAGUGCUGCAGCAGCAAUGCCGCUCCAGCAUCAAAUCACAAAAUCACGAAGACAAAAAAAAGUGAAUGAGAUUCCAAGGUCUGGAUGUCAAUCAAUGGUAUAUCAUUAUAAUUAGAAUAGCUGAUAACAUGGACAAGUAACAGUGAGAAUAUUCAAAUGUUUGUGUAUAAAGUUUCUUAGACUGACAAAGCCUCAAGGUGAAUCUACCCAUGUGUAGGCUGAUGAUUUGGCAACUGUCUCCUGACAUGACAGUCUACCUCCAAGAGAACCCUAACACCAAGCAAGUAAAAUAUAAAGCAGCUCACAGCAGAGGGCACACAUUCCCAGAAACAUAGCCUGCCACUGCACACAUUUCAGCACAUUAUUUCACACUGCUGCUCACUUAAACAUCAUAGCCAAGUUUUCUAAAUGUGAGCAGAUUUCAUUCAACCAUGAAACACACGCCUGGGUCUGCCAUCAGUGGCCAGUUUCUCUGGGCUUCACAAGCCAGGCUCCAGCAGAACAGUACCUGCUGGCUUUACAAUCUUGGAGCUCUAUUGGAAGCUUGUUUCAAGAAUGAAGUUAUGCAGACUGGCUCGUUAGGACAAAGGAACAAACUUUCCUCAUGUUUAUGCUUUAUCAUCACUCCCUUGUACAGCAAAGACUCGGCUUUUCCACUAAGCUUGUUGCUGCUGCUGGCCUUCAGUUUGACUGGUAGCUUUCAGGAUUAGUCACAGGUGCUACAUAACCAUUCCCUCCCAGCUCAACCCUCCCAAGUCUACCUGAAACACCUGCUAGCCCACCGCUUAAGGGGCAACAUCUCCACCUCAAAAUAGUACUGAAAUUAUGCCCGAGUCUUUUGUGAAAUAAAUCACUAAAGAGAUGAGCCAGGUGCCUCUCACUGACCCUGCAAAAUGCUCUGCAGCAUCUCUGGUGGGCUCCAUCAUCGAAAUAUAUAUAUAUUUUAAGUGUUCAGUUAAUUUUUUUUUUUGAUUUGUGAAUAAAAUAUAAGCUCCCCUUCUAAAACAGUAUAACGCAGAGUUUACCUAUUAGGAAUAUCUAUGAGACAGAUCUGGAAAGCAAUCACUGAUACUUUGAGAACAGUUAAGAUCUCCAUUCUGGUCUAACUACUGUACCUAUGUUUCAAUGUGAAGUGUACACAAAAGUCCAAAAUUAUUUUAGUGAAUAAUCAUUGAAAAAGACUUUACUAAGACUUAACCAACAAAAACCUAUUUAUUUAUUCCAAACACCAAGGUACAGUUUUCAAGUUUUGCAAAUAUUGCUCCAAAGCAAAAUUUUAUAUACAGCGCCCUCAGUUCUAAUAGUGCAUUAACAAAGACAAAUAUACUUAUGUAUCCACAGUGCAAUGUUUGCUCAUUUCAUCAAGGCUCCACGUUGCAUUCACUUACCAGUGAUUUAAAGAAA